CAGAGGAAAGUCAGUAGAGGCGCGGGCGUGGAGCUAAGAGUGUAUGGCGCCCCCCGCGGCCUAGAGGUCUAGAGCCAGCUGAGAGCUAGUUGGAUUCGCCCUCCUGGUUCGAAGCCAGUGAAGCCCCCUGGUUGCCUGUGAUCAUGUUGGUGCCUCUGGCGAAGCUGUCCAGCCCCGCACUUCAGUGCUUACAUGCCCUAAAAAUAUUCAAGAAGGAUUGUCUGCUACAUCCUGGUGCUGCAAGAUGGGCUUCAACUUCUGGGGUGCCUCGUAUCACAACACACUAUACAAUUUAUCCUCGGGAGAAAGACAGUCGAUGGGAAGGGGUGAGCAUGGAAAGAUUUGCAGAAGAAGCUGAUGUAGUGAUAGUUGGUGGAGGUCCUGCUGGUCUCUCUGCAGCUAUUCGUCUAAAACAGUUGGCUGCUAAACAUGAAAAGGAAAUUCGAGUAUGUUUAGUGGAAAAGGCUUCUCAAAUAGGGGCACAUAUUCUCUCUGGUGCUUGUCUUGAACCAUCUGCUUUUGAAGAACUCUUCCCAGACUGGAAAGAGAAAGGGGCUCCACUUAAGACUCCUGUAACAGAAGACAAAUUUGGAAUUUUAACAAAGAAAUUUAGAAUUCCUGUGCCAAUCCUUCCAGGUCUUCCAAUGAUUAAUCAUGGAAAUUAUAUUGUGCGCUUAGGCAAUUUGAUUAGUUGGAUGGGGCAGCAAGCGGAACAACUUGGUGUUGAAGUGUACCCUGGGUAUGCAGCUGCAGAGGUUCUAUUUCAUGAAGAUGGCAGUGUAAAAGGAAUUGCGACUAAUGAUGUAGGCAUACAUAAGGAUGGAUCACCAAAGACUACAUUUGAAAGAGGCCUGGAGCUACAUGCCAAAGUGACAAUUUUUAGUGAAGGUUGUCAUGGACAUCUUGCCAAGCAGCUGUAUAAGAAGUUUGACCUGAGGGCCAAUUGUGAACCCCAGACCUAUGGUAUUGGAUUAAAGGAGUUAUGGAUUAUUGACCAAAAGAAUUGGAAACCAGGAAGAGUAGAACAUACAGUUGGUUGGCCCUUGGACAAACAUACUUAUGGAGGAUCUUUCCUCUAUCAUUUAAAUGAGAAUGAGCCAAUGGUAGCUCUUGGUUUUGUGGUUGGUUUAGAUUAUCAGAAUCCAUACUUGAGCCCUUUUAGAGAGUUCCAGAGGUGGAAGCACCAUCCUUCAGUUCAGCCAACCCUAGAGGGAGGGAAAAGGAUUGCCUAUGGAGCCAGAGCUCUCAAUGAAGGUGGCUUUCAGUCUAUACCAAAACUCACAUUCCCUGGUGGAGUUCUCAUUGGCUGCAGCCCCGGUUUCAUGAAUGUUCCUAAGAUCAAAGGUACCCAUACUGCAAUGAAAAGUGGCAUUGUGGCUGCAGAAUCCAUUUUCAACAAACUAACUAGUGAGAAUCUCCAGUCAGAAACAAUAGGACUCCAUGUACCUGAAUAUGAGGACAAUUUGAAGAAAUCAUGGGUAUGGAAGGAACUUUAUUCUGUUCGAAACAUCAGGCCUGCCUGCCAUUCACCAUUGGGUUUGUAUGGAGGGAUGAUUUACACUGGAUUGUUUUACUGGAUAUUCAGAGGAAUGGAACCAUGGACAUUAAAACACAAAGGUGCUGACUCUUCUCAACUAAAGCCAGCUAAAGAAUGCGUGCCUAUCGUGUACCCAAAACCUGACGGGAAGAUAAGUUUUGACCUACUCUCCUCAGUGGCCCUAAGUGGAACUAAUCAUGAUGACGAUCAGCCGCCACACUUAACACUGAAGGAUGACAGUAUACCUGUUGAUAGGAAUUUGGCAAUAUAUGGUGGGCCAGAACAACGAUUCUGUCCUGCAGGAGUUUAUGAAUUUGUUCCUACAGAUUCAGGUAUUGGAUUUCGAUUGCAAAUAAAUGCUCAGAACUGUGUCCACUGCAAAACCUGUGAUAUUAAAGAUCCAAGUCAGAAUAUUAAUUGGGUGGUACCAGAAGGUGGUGGAGGACCUGCUUACAAUGGAAUGUAAUGUUGAUCUCUCUUGAUUUCAUUUAUAAAUGGUUUGCUUGAUGGGUAGUUCCCUAACAUUUUAGAGUAAACAUUAUAGCUUUAAAUUAUUUUCAAAAAAAGAAUACUUAUUAAAUUAUCCUAGAACCUGUUGUUAAUCAGAAGCCUAAGCUUCCCAUGAAGUUAAAAGCACUAUACUGUAGACGUAAAGUAAUUGGGUUGGUUUUUUUUUUUACAAAUUAAAGAGACUAGAGGAAGAAGAGAGAAGAGAUAUGGGAGAAAGGGACAUUAGGAGAUGAAGAAAAGCAGAAAGGGCUGAAGAGGGGAUUCAGGUAUAGAACUAGAUUAUGUUUGCAGUUCCUUCCUACUUAAUACCUGUUUAAUUCUUCAGACAAGUGCCAUAGGUCAAUUGUACUAUCAUGUAUGAAGUUGACUAGCUUUCAAUGAGUCACACUUUUUCUGUGGAUCUUAGGAGCCUGAAAACCAAUAUGUCUUUAUUAUUAUUUCCCCUUGGAUUUUAAUAAAUGAAUCAUUUUUAAGUUAUCCAGUUUGUACAAAAUGAAGAUUACAUGAAGCUUCUCUUCAUUAAAUUAUAGUCCAUGAGACAGUUUGUGAACAGGUUUUGUAUAGACAGUGACAAUUAGAAAUCCAAAUUGCUACAUUAAGUGCAAAAAGUUUAGUAAAGUAUUACAUUAUGACUUUUCCCCUUUGCCUACUUUACACAGAAACAUGAAACCUGGAUAGUUUCCAGGUAGAAUGGACAUGACUGAUAAAAAAAAUUGUAUGUGAACUUUGCAGAAAGCUGUUGUAAAAAUUCAAGUUUUCACAUUAUUUUGUAAUCGUUUUAUCAAGAAUAAUUCUUAUCUAUUUCCACACUGUAAGAUGUAGGAAAUUCUUAAGUUCAGUAUUUGUUGCAGGCUUGUAUUAUGGGACAAAUGCAGUAUCCAAAGACACCCUUAAAGAGACUUCAUGCUGCCUUUGUAUAAUCAGUGCAUACUAUUUAAACAAAAACAAUGUUCUUAAGUAAACAUUUUUUCAUAUAAGCUACAUUAUCUUUAUCCUUCUGUGCCUUAAUCUGUUUGGCCUCUUGCAUUUCUGCCUCAAUGGCUGUGAAAUAAACAUCCAUCAUUUAUAACAUCUGUUAAA